AUGAUAAGUCAAUUCGAAACAUUACCAAAUGAAAUAUUACUUAAUAUACUUUGUUAUUUAUCAUGGGAUAAAAUCUUAAUAUCAUUUUGGUCAUUAAAUAGACGUAUUAAUUCCCUUAUUUAUUCAAUAUUUUCAAUAGAUAAAUAUGAAAUUAGUUUUAAUCAAUUAGAUUUAUCAUAUAAAAAAUUUUCAUUAAUCUUAUUACCAUUAAUUCAUAAAUCUUCAUCUCUUUCUUCUCUUAUUAAAUAUAUUCAUUUUGAUGGUACAAAUUCAAAUUCUUAUAAUGUUAUUCAUCAAUUUCUUUUUUAUAAUAAUGAUAAACAAAUUCUUUGUUUUCCUAAUCUCAAAUCACUUAAAAUAACUCAAUGUUUAUUAUCUCAAUCAAUAAUCCAGACAUUAUCUUUACUUAUUCAAAAUCAAUUGAAUCAACUUACAUUAACAUUUGACGAAGAGAUGAUCGAAUUGAUUCGAAAAUCAGAAGAACCAUGGAAAAUUGAUCCUCAUGCAAGAAAACAAAUAAUGAUGCUUAAACAAUUGAUACGUCAAAUUUUUUCUAAUAAAUGUCAAUUAACAUGUCUUCGACUCGAUAUUGCUGAUGAUAAUUCUCCUAUUAAUAUUCAUCAAUGUUUAAUAUUAUCUUCUCAUCGUUCUACAAGUUCAAUAUCUAAUAAAAUGCAAUAUUGUUGUUUAACACUUCGACAUUUGUAUAUUUGUCUUAAAUAUACAUGUUUUCUUGAACAUCUUAUUGAGCAUAUACCCAAUAUUGAACGAUUAUCAGUCACUUUUAAACGACGAAUGGAUUUUGAACCUCGAUCCAAGUCAAAUAUAGAAGCAUUAAUAAAAUCCAAUGGAAAUUGGUUUGAAAAAGUACCAAAAUUGAACUAUUUUAUUUUAAAAGUUUUUGUUAAGAAUGAUUUCGAAUUUGCCUAUUUGAAAUGGAUACUUAAUAAUUUAAAUCAUAUUCAAAAAUUUAAACUUCAUCUUCAAAUUUAUAGAAUGUAUUCAUCCUCAGAUAUAAUGAUUAAAGAAUAUAUUGUCGAUGCAAAUUUUAUUUAUCAAUAUUGUAUGCCUGAUAUCAUAAUUAAUAUAACAGAUUUUCAAUUCUAUAUUAUUUCUGAAUGUCAAUUAUUGUCGAGUAACAUUGAAAAAAUAAUAAAUUCAUUUAAAAUUCAUCAAUUUUUUAUUGAUCAUCAAUGGACAAAUGUAACUUGUUUCUAUGAUCCAUUGAUGUCAUAUCAACAUCUUUCUUCUUCUAAUGUUAAUAUACUUCAAUUUAUGAAUGGCUUACAUUUUUAUGCAAAUAUUUUUACUUGGCCACGUAUUCAAGAUAUUUCAAUUGAUUUGCAUCCAUCUCUUUAUUUAUUUCUUGAACGAUUGGAUGAAAUAUAUCCAAAUGUUUCUCAUAUUAAAGUUUAUACAGAAUGUUAUAAAGAUGUUGAUCAAUCCGACUUGGCAGUAUCACUAAGAAUACCAUUCGAAAUAGGUCAACGUAAAAUAACCGAUAUUCAACUUCGAAAUGUGACAAGACUUGAUUUGGGAUUUUGUCAAAGUCCUAUGAUUAAAAGUCGUAAUACAUCAAUGGACGUAAAUAAAGCACGUGCAAAAGUAUUUGCUCAUCUCAUUUCAAUGCUAGUUCAACUUAAGCAUCUUCUUGUUGAAAAAAUUGAAUGGCUUUAUCAUAUUAUUCAAUAUGCGUCGAAUGAAUUAAAAACAAAUGCAUUAAAUUCUGUUCAGUGUGCUGAAUUUGGUAUUCCUAGUUGUCAUUAUGGUUCUAAUGACUCAAUUCAUAUUGGCAAAAAUCUUGUACCUUUUCUCAGUACUCAUAUGCCUCAUUUACAAACAUUGCAUCUUUGGCGACCAGAUGAUUUUCCUUGGACAUCUAUUCGACCAAAUAUUAAUUCAGGAUACUUUUAUUAUAUUGAUGCUUCACGAUGGACGGAAUCUUUACAAACAUCUGAAUCGAUAGCUCAACAUGUAAAUAUUUUUGAACAAGAUCUUUGUCAAUUAGUUGAACAAUUGAAACAAUUUGUUUUUCUUGAUAUUCAUGGAAAAAUUGAUCCUGGAAAACUCGAACCAUAUCGUUCUAUGAUUCAAAAAUGUUUUCCUUGUAGUAUAAUUGACAUCGAAUUAUCAAGAUUUCGUCUUUGGAUAUAA